GAAACGCAAUUAUCUGUCGAGUUGGGUGAUGACAGCGAGUUUUGACAAAUUCUCGUUUUUAAUUUCUUCAAAAAAGUCAAAACGAGUUAAAAAUAAUGAGAAAUAAUUAAAAUAUCCAGCGUAUUCAAUUAGCUGUAGCGAUAUAAUUGGUGUAUCCUUGUGGUUGUUGUAUUUUAAUAUUUGAGAGUAAAGUGGGUGGAUUCCGUUUGCGCUAAUAAGCGAAGUGUUAUUUGUGUCAUGCCCGCAAAAUCGACGGAUUGUGCUGAUGAUGAAAAGCAGAUGAAAAAUGAAGGGUGUCGAUAGUCUUACAGGGGACCGUGAAGGAAUGACACACAAACCAAUUGUAACAUGCGCGGGAGACUGGAAUCUGUUUUGCACCCUAGAGGCGCCCCUGGUGGCCGCCAUACCCCAGGACUCAUGUGAAUGGAGAAGGUCUUAUGGACGGGCCACCAAGGCUGUUUACUUAGAGGCAUCAUUCACCAAGUAUAAUAAAGACAGGGUUCAGUCAGAGCUGAACUUAUUAAAGAAACCAAUAUUCCAUAUUUACUGGACAGACUGUGUGGACAUAGAAUAUUAUAAGACAACUCUACGAGAAGACAUAGAGGCAUGGUUGAAGCAACUCGAGAAAAGUGGCAUUACAGACUGGAUGAUAGUGUUAGUGGAAACUUAUGACAUACGAAAAACAAACAAGCUAUUACCAAGGACAACUGUUUUGGACAAAAUCAAAGGUGAUUUUGGUGUGAAACAGACAGAGGAUAGAUUUAUUUCAGUUAUAAAUCCUAUCAAAUCUGAAGCAAGGAGUGCCGAGUCAUGGAGAGCGCUGGUGGCAAAGAUAAGGCAUUUUGUCCUGGUGGCCUAUAAUAAGGCUCUUAUUAAGUUUGAGGAGUAUAUGAGAGAGCAGAGGGAGAAACGAAAUGACCCAGAAUGGGAUUUUUGUAAAUAUUUUAUUUUGCAGGAACAACUAGCAUUUGUCUUAGAAAUGCUAGGCUUGUAUGACGAAGCUUUAGUCCAGUAUGACGAGUUAGACGCUCUGUUCUCUCAAUUUGUGCUCAAUUCCAAUGUGACAGAGAGUCCAAAAUGGCUUGACACGUUCAAGCAACCUGUGACGUCUUGGCAGGCAGUCAGACUCACGGCUUUAGUUCCUCAGCAUCUUAGAGAGUUGAUUAUAAAGAAGAAAGCUUCUUUGUUGGACUUUAGAAGCUAUUUGUUUCAACGUCAAAGUGCCAUGUUACUUCCUUCAUCCAAACCUUGGGAGAUCGCCUCCCGUUGCCUAUCCACGGUUCACAACACGCUAGUGGAACUAUCCCUGCUUGGCGCCACCGCGGUCGAAGGCGCCGCCGCCUGCUGGGCUCAGCUCGCGUGCGCAGAAACUUUACGCGCAUGCGAGAGAUUGGCCGCCAAUAAUAAUGCGCUGGACAUGUGUACUGCUACUCAGGCGCCGUUAUUGCAUAAUGCUAAGGAUAAGCUACACGAGCUAGGCAAGCUAUGCGGCCUACUCCCCGGUUCUCCCGAACCAUCAUCAGAGCAGCUCCACCUGGUAGUAAUGCUAUCAGCUGGAAUGGGAGACAAUGAGACGAAUAACCAGCAUCCGACCCCGACAGAUAGACUGAAGGAAGCACUUUGUAGUAAAACCUGCUUUCAACAGUACUAUUUGGAGUUAGCUGAAUUGGCUAUGGGGACUUAUAAGCAUAUUGGACGGUUAAGAUUCGCCCGUCUAAUCGGUCGCGACUUAGCAGCCUUCUACUCGGAACUGGGCGAGACUGGCAAAGCCGUGGUGUUCCUUAUGGAUGCUCUAAGGUCUUAUGAGGAGCAAGGCUGGCGGGACCUGGCUGCUCAGACCAGGCUGGAACUGGUGGCCGCUGCUAAGAAAAUGGGGGAUAUGGAUAGAUACACAAAGCUCUCAGCAACAAUAGCAAGUACAGCCGAAUUAGAAAUCCUAGUCAGAAACUUCUAUUUCGAGGAAAUGAUGAAAUCUAUACGAGAGGAACUGUCCAAAAAGCCUGAAAGUGUCCUCACAGAGUUGAACGAUUGUUUCAAAGUCGUAUCGGCGAGCUUAGUGCCGUCCGAACGUGGUGUUUAUAUAACUGACAAUAAGGUUCAAUGUCGCAUGACGGUUGUUAGUUAUUUGCCGAAGGAUGUGGCUUGUACUAGGGCAGCGAUAAGUAUAGAGAGGUGUAAGGACGAUAAGGCGGAGAAGAGGACGCCUGUCAAAAGUUAUAAGACUGAUUUAAGUGUUAGUGGUAAUGUCUCGCAGAACAAUUCGCCGCGCCGGGGGACUGUCGAGCCUGAUAAUGAUUCGACUAACUUAAUAACAAGCAUAAGACUGGACGACUUAAAACCCAAGAACCCUUUACUAAAUCCUUUACAAAUAAACUCGCAACUUCACUACAAAGAAGACAGGUCCCUACAAAAAGUGACAGUUGAAUGUCAGAACCCUAAAGUAACCCUCAAACGGUCAGACAGCUGCAAAUAUCGAAAACCCUCAGCCACAUUACGAAAUAACUACGAAAACUGUUUCUCUGUAGAAGGGAUUGUAUUAAAACCGGGCUCAAAUGACCUCGUUCUAGACUUUGUGGCUUCAAAAUGUGGGACUUUCAAGCUUGGUCAAGUCUCUUUGCUUAUUGAAGAAAAAUUGGAGUUUCUGUCCAAUGUUCUGAUUGGCACGAAGAUGGGAUGCGAAGUGGUCACGCAAGGGGUUAAUGUGUAUUUGAAUAAGGUUGAACCGAAGAAGGAUUUGGUGGCUGGAUUGGAACAUGCUAUGGAGCUUGUGGUUACGAGUGGCAGCUCGAUUAUUAAAGAGAACACAACAAUCCUACUAAAAACAUCAACAGGGCUCGUCAUUCGGUUCGCUACAGACGACACGGCGAUGUCUCGAGAGCUGACCAUCAAAGUACCCGCUAUGGAGCCCUUCCAGACCACGCGGGUGCCGCUGCGACUGUUCGCUAUGUUGCAGCCUAGGAAGGAGAAGAGUAUUGAGCAUACGGUCUGGCUAACCUGUCCCUGGUGGGAAGCAGUAACCGAAGUCCCCCUCCACUUCUCCCCUCCCAUGGUGGCGUCCUGGCGACUCCUCACCUCCAACACGAGGAAGUUCAUCCAUGUCACCCUCAAGUCGACUGUGGUACAUCUCGUCCAGUUCGCCUUGACUGACCCUAAGUUGGAGUGUGACGGAAAUAAUAACUCCGUGUCGGAUUUGAAUCCGAAGAAUUCUGAUCAUAUGAUGGUAGCAUCAGACGGGACCACAGCAUCAUUUAUGUGGGAACUCUUGAAGGACCCAUUAGUUAAAGCGGGGCCAAUGAAAGCCACGUUUUCAGUGAACUAUAGGCCGACGGACGUCGAAGGGAUUAGCCGGCCUUUCAGCUGUCCCUUUGACAUACAGGACUAUACUACGCUCUUUGUAAUAAGGACGAAGUUGGAGCCUAGUAAGGGCUCGGACUUUUGUAGGGCUUCCCAAAUGUGCUGUUUGCAGUUGAGUGUGCAGAGGGUGAAUGAGACAGAAUACACGUCGCUAAUGUACGAAGUUCUGGCUGAUCAGACCAUGUGGGCUGUUUUAGGUCGGACUGCAGGCGUCAUUACAAUGGAAUGCACAAGCACGGAGCCUCAGAACGUGACGUUGGAUGUAAUGCCGCUGGUAGCAGGAUACUUGCCGCUGCCCACCGUCCGGCUGUCCAAAUAUAUUGCAGCUAAUACCAAAGACCCAAAGAAAGACAUCUCAGCCCAUCCCCGGCUGGAACCGUUCAGCCCCGGCCAGGUGUACCACGCAGGUAAGGCGAAACAAGUGCACGUGCUUCCUCCGAUGCCCAAGGAACAUCUUGACGUUCUAGCCAACUGAGACCCAGUUUAUGAGCUUAGUAUAUGCAAAUAGGGGUGGGAAACUCGCAGGUUUAGUUAGUUUUUGGUUACUAAAGAGGUCAAUAGAAGUAGGUAGGAACGCGGGUCUACGCGAGUCACAAUUGAUUAUCUCCUAUCUAAUGGCUUAUGAUGGGUUAUUUUUUUUUAUUUACUGAAAGUUGAACUACUAAAUGUGCGAGAUUUUCUUCUCAAAAUAAUGUAAAUGUAAAACUGACUAUUCAUGACAUUACUACAAUAAUCGACUAAGUAAUUAAAAAACAACACUAGCUGUCAAAAUACACAGAUUGUGAAAAAAUACGUCCAUUCCGUUUUUGAAAUGUUGUAACAUUGCCAGGCUCAAUAAUUAUGUUCAUUGUAUUGAAUAAUUAGUGGUAAAACUAAUGAAAAAUAUUAAAUUGAUAUUAUACAUUGAUGUUUCGUGUUAGGGACAAACGAAUUAUUUGUAUGCUUAAAGAAGUAUAUUAAUCUAUGGCGUAAAAGACUAAAUACUUGCAAGAUUUGAAUGUGCGUUGCUUUAAAAUUAAUUAAAACAACGUAUGUUCAAAUGGUAUACUUUAGAAAAACUGUAUAACCGAAGAGAAUAGAAAAGCUUUUACAGAUAUUUUCCUGUGUAAUUAUGAAAAAUAUAAGAAGUUAAAUAUAAUACUGCUUACGAAAUUCUAUGUGACUAAGAUUCGGACCACCACAUGUGAUAAAUCAUAUGCUUUGUAAGGUUGUAUGUGCGUAUAUUAUAAUAUACUACUACUGAAUAUGUUCAUUUGUUCUGUCCUGUACUCAUGCGCUUUGGCAUCUUCAAUAAAAAUUGUCUUAUUAAGGCGGUGAUUUGAUUGAAAUUAAAAUAAUAUAAACUUUAAAAAAUCUGUUAUAAAAAUAGUAACAAGUUAUGUUUCAUUUCGCAGAAAAUAAUUUCACUGAAUUAAUUAUUUCGCUAAAACUUGUGCCAUAUUGUCCCAAGAGUAACUAUGAUGGGCUAAAAAGGCGCCAAAACGUGAAAUGUAUAGAUUUUUGAGUUCCUAAGCGUUAUGCGUUUUCAAAUUCAUCUUUAUAAAAAACCUGUCGCUGCAACUUUACAGGGAAAUAAGCUUUCGCCCUUUCUGCGUUGAACAUUAGAUUUAAAUACAAAGACAUUUAGGUAACUAAUAAAAUAGCUAGCUAUGUGUUAGAAGUAUGUGCGUGUACUGUAGUGUUAUAUUUUUGUUUUCAAUCCAAAAACAUUAAUGUAAAAUUUAUUGCUGUAUCUGUUGUCUAAAAGGUAGUGUGUCUUUUAGAAGGUACCGACGAAAAGUUUUCAUUUAAUAAACGUCGUUGUGCUUUGAUUUGCCUCAUAAUGCAGAGUGCAAUUUCGUUUCGAGCAAAUAAUAUACAAGCAAUCAAUGCACAAUAAAACCUAGAUAUUUUAUUAGGAUGUAGUUUAAAUUUGUAUCUGAUUACUCAACAAUUCUGUCUGCAUGCUCGAUCCGAAAUGGUCUGAGCAUUGUCUGACUAAACAAAAUGAUCUUCAGUAGGAAAGAGCUUAAAUGCUUCUUUCAUUAUCUUACUGCUUCAUCAUACAUACCUCGAAAUACUCAAACGUUACUUAAGUUUAAGUCUUACUUAAAAGUCUUUCUGUCGCGGCAAGUUACGUAUGUGUGAUAAAGAUAGAAUGAUGUUUGAGCCGUCUUUAAAAUUGAGUGGCGUUUCAGUAUAAGGCUGACAAUCACUUCUUUCUUUGACCUGGGCAUCAUUUAUUGUAUAAGAAAAUAAACAAAUCUCCAUCUAUGCCAUAAUUAUUUUCGCCACAACGAUUAUGUAUACCUAGUCUUAUUCUCGUCUUUUCUUUAUUUUCACAUGUUUAAGUUGUAAAUACAAUUUGGUGCUAGAUUUAUAUAGAGUAACCACCAAAUUCUUACUAAAUAAUAUUCAAGCUAUUAAGUUAUCUUUGUAUAUCUUGUUAAUUUAAUCUCAGUUAAGUUUUACUGGUGCAUAUAAUUUGUUAAGAGCUGUUUCGGUUGAGUUUUUGAUGUAUAUUUCUAUUUACUAAUAUGGAUAACAAAUCAGGGUGUUUUCACUUAAUAUGAAGAAUGCUAGAUAAUUUUUUGUUUCUCAGAACCAAUAAUAUAACAUCCAUCUUCUAUACGCGCUCAUUUCUGUUAUCCACAUCAUGAUAUUUGUCUAUAGUAAUAUUAUUAAAGAGCUUUGUCUAGAAUAAGUAAUCCAAAGAAUAAAUUGAUGUACACAAUCUCUUUAGUUACUAACGCUAGCCAUUGUAGAAAUAAUUUAAUGUCUGAAAAUAGCAAUGCAAGGCAAGCGGUACGUUCGAAACAUUUCCGUGGUAAAAUAUGACUGUAAAAUUGACAAAAGAGAAAAAGAGUAUACUCAUUACUCAGUAGGUGUGACAUAUUCUUUUUUUUAAGAUGCUUAGUUAUCUGGUUUAUUACAUUUUGAUAAAUUGCAAAAUGACGGUGUGUAUAUUUCAGUGUUGCAAUUUAAUUAAAUGUUGUUGAUUUUUUAUUGUGUAGCAUGUUAGAUUAAUCAUAUUAUAGUUGGUUUAAUAUCGUAUAGCAUAGCUUUAUAGUUCUCAUUAAGUUAUCGAGAUUUCCAUAAAGUGUAUUUAUUUUGAUUUUGUAAGUAAAAUAAAGGUCCAUUAUAGACGGCUUACAUAAAAUAAUAUUACAUACAAGGUGCGCUCACUUAGACUAUUUAAGAUUUUAAGUCAAUGUGAAAUCGUCUGUAAUGGAUUCUAUUAUUAUCAUUGUGUUUAUUUAUAUCUUGACAUGUAUUGAAUGUUAAACAUAUAAUAAGAAGAGAAAGAAAUAAAAAGAACUUCAAAAACAUCUCUAUACCAGUGACAUUAUAUUUUUUCGUUGGUAAUAUUUGACCAGAAUCUUGAACGCUGUCGACUCGAGCGAGAUGUUUAUGUAAAUAGACGUAAUUAACUGCAGAUUGUAUUUAUGUUUCAUACUAUGUAUUAUAUUUAGAACUACGAAUAUAAUGUUUAUUGUUAG